AUGUCCAGGUGUGACCACCUCCAAAGACAGCUAGGGAUUCGUUUCGAGGUGCCCAGGGCGGACGUUCGGACUGGCUUGGAAGAGAGCAUACGGGCAACUGCUCCCGCUGGAACGCCUGAGGUGGACAUCCGAGAUGCCGUCAAUGAGCAGAUGGAGAAAGGAUUUUUAUAUGUCCAUGACCUUCGCGGCGCGUCAAUCCCCAAUGCCGGCCCUAACUUCAACGCGAUAGAGUGGGCGAAUUCAUUCCCUAUGAUCUUGUGGUCCUUGUUGGCUACGGGAAGCAUCGCAGCUUUUCAGUUUGGCGUGGCCUUCACGCAAGGAGUGCGCAGCAUGACCAACAAGGCCAAAUGCAUGAGACCAAGAUUGGUCCUCAAGGCGAUUUAUCUCCUAAAGGACCCAGUCCCAUUGGUAAGAACCAAUACUUCCGUCCGCAGGAUUGCUUUCUCCCCACCCAAGCGGAGGCAGGACGAUGCGAAAGACACUCAGGACUCCCAAUCCCCGGCCAAACGUGCCAACAGCACGACCGAAGCCGCAGCCUGA